GCGAUUCUGGUGACAUGUCAACGCGUGCUCUCCUAACCUAGCUUUUUUAGCAUGUGGGGUAGAUAAACAAAACGAAAAAAUGGGUCAAAAGGAGCAGUUUUUAAAAAGAAAAUUAGAAAAACCGGCCGAGGAAAACGAUGAACCGGAUUCUGGUGGCGAAUCUGAGGAAAAUGAGGAGGAACUUUUGAAUGUUGUAAAUGGCGAAGAGGCCGACAGCUCAGACUCCGAUGGUGAAAUUGAAGAAAGCGACGAAGAAGAAGAAAGUGACGUAGAGGAGGAAGAGGAAGAAAGUGACGAAGAAGAGGAGGAAGAAAGUGACGAAGAGGAGGAGGAGGAAAACGAAUCCAGCGAUGUUGACGAAGAAACCGUCUCCAGCGCGCCCCCCGACGACGAGUACUCCUCGCACGACACCUCCGACGAAGAAGACAUCCGCAACACCGUGGGGAACAUCCCCAUGAACUGGUACGACGACUACAAACACCUCGGCUACGACUGGGACGGCAACCAAAUAAUCAAACCAGAAUCGGGUGACCUCCUCGACACCUUCCUGAAACGUAUGGAAGAUCCCGAUUUCUGGCGCACUGUUAAAGACCCCCAAACCGGCCAGAACGUCAUCCUCUCCGACGCCGACAUCUCACUCAUUAAAAGAAUCAAAGCGAAUAAAAUACCAGACUCAACCUUCGACGAAUACGCCCCUUGGAUCGAAUGGUUCACAUCGGAGGUGAUGAAAACCCCACUCAGGAAAUUCCCCGAACACAAACGAUCAUUUCUACCGAGCAAAAGCGACGCGAAAAAAGUCUCCAAACUGGUGCACGCCUUGAAAAUGGGCUGGAUUAAGACACGAGCCGAAGCUGAGAAACUCAGAGCGAAGAAAGAACCAGAGUUUUACAUGUUGUGGGCCACUGAUGACCAAGCCGAGGACAUGAGACGCAUUCAUAAGCAUAUUGCGGCCCCGAAACGCCUCCUACCGGGCCAUGCCGAGUCUUAUAACCCCCCACCGGAAUACUUAUUCGAUGAAAAGGAACUCAAACAAUGGAAUAAGCACAAGAACGCCCCCUGGAAACGAAAACUACACUUCGUACCGCAGAAAUACAACUCUUUGAGACAAGUUCCAGCGUAUCCUCGCUACAUCAAAGAGAGAUUUUUGCGAUGUUUGGACUUGUAUUUGUGCCCCAGAGGGAUUAAAAUGAAACUAAACAUCGAACCCGAAGCACUUGUCCCCAAACUCCCGAGUCCUAAAGACCUCCAACCGUUCCCCACCACCCUCUCUAUUGAAUACAAAGGACAUGGGGACAUGGUCCGCACUAUAAGCACCGAUAAAGUGGGGCAAUACCUAGUGAGUGGUUCCGAUGAUGGUACCAUCAAACUAUGGGAAGUUAAUACAGGGCGUUGCCUCAAAACUAUUGAGACUGGUGGAGUGGUGCGCUCUGUUGAGUGGUGCCCCAACUCCGCUCUUUCCCUCAUCCUCGUAGCGUCCGCAAAUCGCGUCUUGCUCAUCAACCCCCACCUUGGGGACACUCUCAUCUGCUCCAAAACGGACUCGGUCCUCGAAACCGCCCCCCAAAGCGACGCAAUUGUCAGCGAACGAAUCAAAACAACCGUCGAAUGGUGCGACUCAAUUGACAAUAAAGAGUACAAACAAGGUGUCAGAAUCAUCCUGAAACAUUUCAAGGAAGUGUCACAAGUCACGUGGCACGGCAAGGGGGAUUAUUUCGCCACUGUGAUGCCCGACGGUCUCAAUCGCUCGGUUUUAAUCAGUCAGAUAAGUCGGCGAAGGUCACAAAUACCCUUCACUAAAUCCAAAGGUUUAGUCCAGUGUGUUUUAUUCCAUCCGACUAAACCCUGUCUCUUUGUGGCCACACAACGACAUGUACGCAUCUACGAUUUGGUUAAACAAAACUUGAUGAAGAAAUUAUUGACGAAUUCGAAGUGGAUUUCCACCAUGGCUAUACAUCCGGGGGGUGAUAAUCUUCUCGUGGGGACAUAUGAUCGAAAAAUGUUGUGGUUUGACUUGGAUUUGAGCACUAAGCCGUACCAGACUUUGAGACUGCAUGGGACUGCGGUUCGAGGGGUUGCAUUCCAUCGGAGGUAUCCACUAUUUGCGUCCGGGUCUGAUGAUAAAAGCUUGAUUAUUUGUCACGGGAUGGUUUACAACGACUUGUUGAAAAAUCCAUUAAUUGUGCCGUUGAAGAGACUUCAGGACCAUGAAACGAAUAAUGAUUUUGGGAUUUUUGGGGUACAUUUUCACCCCUUGCAACCGUGGGUGUUUUCCUCCGGGGCUGAUGGCACCAUCAAGUUGUAUUCUAAUUAAUAAAUUGUUAAUUUUU